UUUAAAUCACCUCAUAUUUAGGGAUGGGCUUUCCCGUCCCCCCGUUUUAUUGAUCAUUUCCCACUUUAUGCAGCUGUGCAGGACAGUAAUAAGGAAACCCCCCAGUCAUACAACAAGAACAAUAAUGCAUACUACUCCUCAUUCACAUAUAACUACCAAUGGUAAGGCCUUGAGUGCCAUUAAGCCAAGCACCAGUCCAGUGAUCAAGAGGCAGAGGCAAAACUGGCUUGAUGUGCCCAGUGCUGAUUAUUUUAUAGCUACAGAAGAGACCAGUGCUGAAGCAGUUAGACCUCUUCUCACGGCAAGUGUAUCUCCAUUGGGAAUGAGUUAACUAAAACUACAACAUGAUCUUCACCUGUUAACAGCAAACAUUGGCUUCCCUUUUACUAAUAGGACAAUUUAUUCAAGAGGUAUUACAAAUCCUGCACUGCAUCAUAGAAGCUAUUUAUAUACUUUGUGAUAUGAUCCUCCACCAGAAUAAAAUGUUUCUCUAGAUACAUAAUAUUAUUAUAUUUUAAUUAUUUGGAAUGUAUCUACUUUAAUUGAGGCAUCUGCUUUAUGUUAAAAACAAAAAACCUUAAAAAAUAGAAGGAUGUGCCUUUUAAUGCUUAAUCCUACUCUGAUUUUGCCUAAUCCAUCCAAAUGAA